UUCAGGCGUAAGCACAAGCACUCUGGUUGUGUCUCUGGGUCUCCAGAGUCUACAGGGAUCAAACCCCAAUCAAGUGUCUCGGACAGUAUCACAGAUCAUCAUUCAUCCCAACUUUAACUCUGGAACUUUUGAAAACGACAUCUGCCUCCUGAAGCUCUCCUCACCCGUGACUUUCACCACCUACAUUCAGCCCGUCUGUCUGGCAGCCACAGGCAGCACCUUCUACAAGGGGACUGUCUCCUGGGCCACCGGCUGGGGCAAUGUUGGAUCUGGAGUGUCCCUUCCUUUCCCACAAAACCUAAUGGAGGUGCAGCUGCCGGUUGUAGGAAACAGAGAGUGUACCUGUAACUACGGAGUGAGCUUGAUCACAAACAACAAGAUGUGCACCGGGUUCAGUGCUGGAGGAAAGGACAUCUGUCAGGGGGAUGGAGGAGGUCCGCUGGUGAGCAAGCAGGGCGGUCGCUGGAUCCAGUCGGGAAUCACUAGUUUUACCAGUAGUAGGGGCUGUGCCCAGCCUAAUAUCCCAUCAGGCUACACCCGAGUGUCCCAGUAUCAGUCCUGGAUCAACAGCCAGAUCACCAGCAACCAACCAGGCUUCAUCACCUUUACCUCCGCUGGGACUGACGGUGACCUCAGCAUAAGAUGUCCUACCACGCCACCACCAGCAGCUCAAGUGUGUGGUCAGCCAACACUCAACACCAGGAUUGUUGGAGGACAGGUGGCCUCUGCAGGCAGCUGGCCCUGGCAGGCCAGUCUGCAAACCUCUGGCUCCCACUUCUGUGCAGGAACCCUCAUUAACAAUGACUGGGUGCUGACUGCUGCUCAAUGCUGCUCAAG